AGCCCGAGCGCGGGGGCGGCCGCCGGUUGGCCGUGUGGAGCCCCGGAGCGGGUCGUCCACAUCUUGGUCAGAGCCAGCGACUGAGGGGACUGGUGCUGAAUCCCGGAACAGCCUGGGCUGGUGCUAGACAGGCAAUCCCGAAUGCUAUACAAGUUGACCGGGUCUCCUAGCAACCUUCUUUAGGAACCUUGCCGGUAUUCGAUUGGAAAACAGGACAGAAGGCCUGCAAUUGAUGAGUUUACCUUGGGAGGACGUCGGAAGGUGAAGUCAGACGUUAGCAUGGGUCAGAAGGUCACCGGGGGAAUAAAGACUGUGGACAUGAGGGACCCUACAUACCGGCCCCUGAAACAAGAGCUCCAGGGCCUGGAUUACUGUAAGCCCACGCGGCUGGACUUGCUGCUGGACAUGCCCCCCGUGUCCUACGACGUCCAGCUGCUCCACUCCUGGAAUAAUGAUGACCGCUCACUCAAUGUGUUUGUGAAGGAGGAUGACAAACUUAUCUUCCACCGGCAUCCGGUGGCCCAGAGCACGGACGCCAUCCGGGGGAAAGUGGGGUACACGCGUGGGCUUCACGUGUGGCAGAUCACGUGGGCCAUGCGCCAGCGCGGCACACAUGCAGUCGUGGGGGUGGCCACAGCAGAUGCCCCCUUGCACUCCGUCGGGUACACGACCCUGGUGGGUAACAACCACGAGUCCUGGGGCUGGGACCUAGGGCGGAACAGAUUGUACCAUGAUGGGAAGAACCAGCCAAGUAAAACCUACCCCGCCUUCCUAGAACCAGACGAGACUUUCAUCGUGCCGGAUUCUUUCCUGGUGGCCCUCGACAUGGAUGAUGGGACGCUGAGCUUCAUUGUCGAUGGGCAGUACAUGGGCGUGGCCUUUCGGGGACUCAAGGGCAAAAAACUUUACCCAGUAGUUAGUGCUGUCUGGGGCCACUGUGAAAUACGAAUGCGUUACUUGAAUGGACUUGAUCCUGAACCACUGCCUCUAAUGGACCUCUGCCGUCGGUCCGUCCGCCUCGCCCUAGGGAAGGAGCGCCUGAGUGAGAUUCAUGCCCUGCCCCUGCCAGCAUCCCUUAAGGGCUACCUACUCUACCAGUGAUGCACCAGCUCAAAGCCUGCCGCCAUGUGGGAGCAGGAAUCAGGAAAUCCAACUGUGCAAACCCACUGAGCCGCCACUGGGGUCCACAGCCCCCCUUUACCCUACCCACACCCUACCAACGUUCCCUCUUCCUUCAUCUGGCUGUUCCAACCUCACGAGGCAAGAUUUCCUCAUCCUUUCUUGAAUCCCAAUCUUCCGCCAGAUAAAGACAGACCCUAAAAGCAGGCUCAUCUAGUCUUCCUCCCUUGGAAAUGGCCUCUUGGAGUGUGGGCAGACGAGUGUCCUUUGUAUAUCUGGAUUUUAUUUUCCCUUCUUAAAAAAGAGAGACUUUGUUUCUACAGAAGUAAUAAGGUGUGUCCUGGUCAGCUCCAGGGGUAGGAGUACGGAGCCCACAGCUUCUGCCCGAACAGGACAAGCCGUCGUCUCCAGAGGAUUCCAGGGCUUGAUGAUGGCCAGUUGGGGAAAAGUAACCAUACUGGCAGUAAGGAGGCCAGGAAGCAUCGAGGGUGCUUGGAAAUUGACCGAUGACUUCCCUUGGGUGGCAAGCAUAGAACCUCGUGGGUUACUUCUGCACAGGAAACGCCACCGUUAACAAAGCUGCCAAUGCCAAAAACUCAUUCUGGACACUUAAAAAAAAUAAAGAAAGAAAAGAAAACGGGACCCUGGAAAAAGGCCGGAAAGCAACUAGCGUCAUUCCCUAAGAUGUUGUCUCACCCUGUACUCUGUAUUUAUUCUUUCACCAACAAAAAUCAAUUUAUUUAUUCCACAUAGAAAGAAAACAUAUCUCUUUCUGUCCAACGUGUGUCUUGUUGCUCUCCCAUCUCCCCCCCUCCAUGUGCUAUAUCACCUGCCCUUGGCCAAGCGGUGUAGGUAUAGGUAUGAGGGCUUCUUUGGUGGGUGGGUUUUGUUAUCUUGGCCUGUAGCUCCAAGGGGAGGUUCGGGUUGGGCCAGAAGCUUGCCAGGACAGCUCCUUCCUCAGGCUACAGGUUUCACGUGCAAUAGUGAUGCCUUCAACGGUCCCCUGAAGCAGCUCUAACAGCCUGCCACCCUCCUCCUUCAUUGCCUCUUACCUCUUGGCCAGACAUCUUUGCCCAGGAUAGUUAGACAUGCUGUCGUGAUGGGUUUUUUGUUUUUUUUUUUGUCCUCAGGUUGUUCAAAUAUCUCAGCUAGGCUGCCAUCAUCAUCCUCCCCAGCUUUGGUAGUCUGAGAAAAUGUACAUUUUUGAUACUUUGUCCAUUGGGGAGGAGAGAGAGAGAGAGAGAGAGAGAGAGAGAGAGGAGAGGGAGGGGGGAGAGAGAGAGAAUGAGAGAGAGAGAGAGAAAAAAGAGAUAUACAGGCAGUAGUUAGAUUCUUUACCACCAUCCCCCCCAAGCCAGAAUGGAGAACCUGGAAUAUUGGUCCUGAGAGCAGACCCAACAUCUAGGCAGGUCCCCAGUUCAAAUGCAGCUCCCCUGGUCAUUUCUUCCUGGGCUGAGGAAAAAUGUGUCAAGAGCUGCCCCCUUCCUGGCAAUUCCUCCAAGGUGCAGGCCGAGAUGUGGCACCCCCCAUCCCUACCCCUUUAUUUUGCACAUUUUGUUAAUUUUGAAAUCAGUUUUGGAAUCCAACUUUUGGUUCAGUUCUGUACAGGUACAAUAGAUGACUUUAUUUGUUUAAAAUGUUUAAUAUAUAUAUUUGUCUAUGUAAGAGAUGUUUUGAACAGCUGCUGUUGGAUACCUUUUUUAAAAAAAAAAAUUCUACUUGGAGAAUAUAUUUUUAAAAAGCAUAGAAUUGGUGCCAAGCCCGCGUGGGGAGUCAAAAUUGCCUCCCCCCAAACCGUUACUGUUUGUUGCUGUUAUUUUUUUAAGGAAGAGAAGAACACACACACACACACACACACACACACAGUCUCUCUCACUCCCUUGUCAGAUGAUAGGUCUUUUGCUCAUUUCUGUUACAGGGUGGGACACACACUCGAGAGAGAAUUCACCGAGUAGACUCCAUCGAUGGAUGCCUGGUCCCAGUUGUCUUCCACCGACGCUGGAAAUGUUGCAAUGUCACCGUCCCCCUGCCCCCCACCUCUCCUCUCCUUUCAGGUUCAGCCCCCUCCCCCUGUAUUGCCAUCCCAGUACAUAAUUGCUUUGUUUGGUUUUAAAACUCCUUUCUAUUUUAUGACUGUAGAAAAUACUCAGUAACCUAAUAAUAAAACAAAGUUUAUUAAAUUUGAA